UCCAUUCAUUUUCUUCGGAGAGACGAAGAGAGCCUUUGUGAGAAAAUUCACUUUCAGAGAGAGAGAGAGAGAGAGAGAGAGAGAGAAAGAAAUGGAGAAGGGACCGACCACUGUUUCAGCCAUGGAAGCGUUCGAGAAGCUGGAGAAGGUUGGAGAAGGAACUUACGGCAAGGUUUAUAGGGCAAGGGAGAAGGCGACCGGCAAGAUUGUUGCGCUCAAGAAGACGCGCCUCCAUGAGGAUGAGGAAGGUGUUCCUCCCACCACUCUCAGAGAAGUUUCAAUUCUUCGAAUGCUUUCUCGGGAUCCUCAUAUUGUUAGGUUGAUGGAUGUCAAACAAGGCCAGAACAAGGAAGGGAAAACCGUCCUUUACUUGGUGUUUGAAUACAUGGAUACUGAUCUGAAGAAAUUCAUCAAGAGUUUCCGUCAUACGGGAGAAAGCAUUCCCGCUAACACUGUCAAGAGUUUGAUGUACCAACUCUGCAAGGGCGUUGCCUUCUGCCAUGGUCAUGGAAUCCUGCACAGGGACCUGAAACCACACAAUCUCUUGAUGGACCGAAAGACCAUGAUGCUCAAAAUUGCAGACCUUGGGUUGGCUCGAGCAUUUACUGUGCCAAUUAAGAAGUAUACUCAUGAGAUACUAACCCUCUGGUAUAGAGCUCCCGAAGUUCUGUUGGGGGCAACUCAUUACUCCACAGCUGUAGACAUGUGGUCUGUUGCCUGCAUAUUCGCCGAACUUGCCACCAAGCAGGCUCUCUUUCCUGGAGAUUCUGAGUUGCAACAGCUCCUUCAUAUCUUCAGGUUAUUAGGGACCCCAAAUGAAAAGGUCUGGCCUGGUGUGAGCAAACUAAUGAACUGGCAUGAGUAUCCCCAGUGGAACCCCCAAAGCCUUUCAACUGCUGUUCCCAACUUGGAUGAUAAAGGGCUAGAUCUGCUUUCACAAAUGUUGAGGUAUGAACCCUCAACACGUAUUUCAGCAAAGAAAGCAAUGGAACAUCCUUAUUUUGAUGACUUGAACAAGGAAUAUCUCUGAUUCAGUGUUGAAGAUUUGGGUAACUUUUUAACCGGAGAAGAAUGGUUGCUUUUCUCAAGCAGGAAUUUGGAGUAUAUUGAAAGGAUACUAUUUGUCGUAACCAAAAUGAUGAAACCAGGUUUUAAUCGAAAUCUCAUGUAGCUAUAGUGAAUUUGAAUUCUCACUUCUCAUGAGCUAUAUCCCCAGUCUCUCGAGUGACAAGAUUACUAAAUUUUUCUA